AUGAGACCCGUUAUCGCGUCUCUUAUCGAUGAUUGGACGAGUCCGGAAACCGAAUCAGGACGAACAUUGAUGCUGAAGAACGCUCGUCUGACCAGAAAAAUUUGCAUCACUUACUCGGGAUUGUCAGGAGUUGCGUUAAUAUUCUUCGCCUUUCUUCACGGCUUCAUCGAAAUACGUAGAAGGAUGUCUAACGACACGAACAUCGAGCAACAUUUAAUGUUGCACUCGGACUACUUGUUCGACACCUCGAAGAGUCCGAUAUAUGAGGUGGUGUGCUUUCUGCAGUUCUCAACAAUUGGCAUUUGCGCGGUCAUAUAUUUCUCGGCGGAUGGAUUUGUUGCAAUGUUGGUGUUGCACUUGUGUGCUCAGCUGGGGAUUCAGAGAUCGAUGGUAAAAAAUUCUCUGGUGACCAGUGGUCAACGAGUGGUGGAGUUCCAUCAGAUGCUGAAGCUCGUCGUGAAGAGGCACCAACACCUCUGUUGGUUCGCCGACACCAUCGAGAAUUCCUUCAACAAAGUGUUCCUCAGUCAAAUCCUCGUCUGCACCAUACUCUUCUGCUUUCUGGCCUUUCAGUUUAUCAUGAUAUUUGUGACUGGGUCCAAAGAUUCGAUUGUUCUACAGGGAUGCUGCGUGGUUCUCCUUUCAUCCGCUAUGUUGAUAAGCCCGUUUAUUUAUUGCUAUCUGGGCGAAUGUCUUAACGACGAGAAUACAGGGUUGUUUCAAUCCUGCUACGAGUGCGAGUGGUAUAAAUUAUCGCCGAAAGAGACGAGGUGUCUUUUAUUGAUAAUGAUUCGUUGCAAUCAGCCAUUCCAAAUCACGGCCGGCGGUUUUUUCAAUUUAUCAUUUAGAACUUUCUCUCAAGUGAGCGAAGUCUUUGUAAUUAUUUCCAGGAGCAUGCAUUUUGGAAUUUAAUUGCCGAGUUUUUAAUCAUUUAUCAUUAAUAUUCUCUUUUAGAUUUUGCAAUCAUCCGGAGGGUACUUAUCCGUCUUAGUCGCAGUCAAAGACCGCCUGAUCGAGAAGCAAGUCUGAUGUUCGCAAAAAUGAAAAAAGAGACAAUGAUUCCUAGUUUAUCACUGCCGUCGUUAUCGCUCGGUUGACCGGAUUGUUCACAAAUUUAUUUAUCCCUCUUAGGAAUUUCUUUUCCG